UUAAGUCUCCUCAUCUCUCCCCUUUGUUGCUUUUCUGACUGGAAACAGUUUCUUCUUUCUAGCUGGUUUCAUCAAUGGCAUCAACAGAUCGUCGGUGGAAGUAUGACGUUUAUUUGAGUUUCGACUAUGGAGAUACUGGAAGGGGUUUUGCAGAUUUAUGUGAUCGGCUGAAAGAAAAGGGAAUCGAAACAUUUAUGCCUGAGAUACGUAUGGAACUUUCCCAAAUUUACUCUACUGGGAAAUUAUGUUUCUCAGUCCCCUCUACUAUCCUAACGGCAAUUGAAGAAUCAAGGUUUGCAAUCGUUGGUCUAUCCCGAAAUUAUGCUUCUUCUAGCUGGUGCUUGGAAGAACUCGCCAAGAUUUGUGAGUGUAUGAUCCCGGACAAAGACCGCGGAAUCCUUCCAGUUUUCUAUGACAUCGAUCUUUCUGAUGUGAGAUAUCAGAGGGGGAGUUUCGGUGAAGAUUUUGAUCGCCAUGAAAGGUCUGGGCUAUUCGAAUCGGAUAAGAUCCAGCAGUGGAGAGAUGUUUUAAUUGAAGUGGGGAAUCUGUCCGGCUGGGAAUCAAGGGAUUAUUGGAGCGAGUUAGAACUUGGGAAACUCAUUGUGGACGAAGUGUGCAGUAGAUUACAACCUAUUGAAACUAAUAAGGGAGAUUUUGAGGCAAUUAAAUCAACAAAGCGAGCAGCUAUUGAAGAUGAGCCUAAAGUAUGGGAGUCAAAUGAAAACGUUGAAAUAAGAAGACCAGACACUGUCGAACUUGAGCCUACAAUGCUAGAUUUCAUUGAAGAUUUUGAGGCAACAACACAAGCUGCCAAUAGGAACUCUGAAUCAGAAUCAGCCGGUCAGUGGAAGCAUGAUGUGUUUUUAAGUUUUAAGGGUGAAGAUACUCGCAGGGGUUUCCUGUCCCAUUUAUACCGUGAACUGCAAAACACGAAAACAAUUAGAACGUUUAAGGAUGAUGAACAACUUACGAAGGGGAAGGAUAUUUCUCAAAGUUUAAUGAAGGCAAUUGAGGAAUCAAGGUUUGCAAUCAUUGUUCUGUCGGAGAAGUAUGCUUUCUCUACGUGGUGCUUAGAUGAACUUACAAAGAUUUUCCAAUGCAUGGAAGGCAAGGAUACUAUUCUGCCAAUUUUUUAUUAUGUCGAUCCCUCUGAUGUACGAUAUCAAAAUAAUAGUUAUGGAGUAGCCUUUGAAAAUCAUGAAAGCAAGGCAAGACAUGCCAUAGAAAAGGUGGAUCGCUGGAGAGCUGCUUUAAGGAAAGUGGGCAGUGUCUCUGGGUGGGAUCUAAAUAAAUACAAAUCGGAAAGCGAACUUAUUGUAGACAUCGUGGAGUUUGUGCUUAAGAAAGUACGUCAAGUAUCAAGGGGAGAUUUUGAAGAAUUUGAAGCAACAAGAGAAGCCAUGGCUGAGGUUCACAAGAAGCUGAAUGAUGAUGCAAUCACCGCCAUUGGGGUCUAUGGUAGAGGAGGCGUUGGCAAGACAGCCAUGGUGAAAUCUGUUGGUGCACUGGCCAAAAAGAUGGGGCUUUUUGAUCAUGUUGUUAUAUCCCUUAUAUCCCGAAACCCUGAUUUGCAAAAAAUUCAAGGGGAACUGGUAAAUCAGUUGGGAUUGGAAAUGGGGGAGAAUGAAGAAAUAGAAACAGCCAGUAGAUUGAAGGAGAGGAUCCUUUUUAUCUUGGAUGACAUUUGGGAGAAAUUAGAUUUGUCGAGCAUUGGAAUUCCUAGCUUUGACGAGCUUCAAAGAUGCAAUUCCAAGGUCCUACUCACCACGAGGAUCAUGGAGAUUAGUCAUUCUAUGAGGUGCCAAGCACAUAUUCCUCUCAAUGUCCUAUCAGAGGAAGAUUCUUUGAAGUUAUUCAUGAAGAAGUCGAGAAAGCCUUUUCAUGGAUCUGCCGAUGUGUAUAAUGAGGACAGGAACGUAGUUGGAACAUGCGGUGGUCUCCCAAGUGCAUUGGAAGAGGCUGCAAAGGCAUUUGGACAUAAAUAUGUGAAAGAAUGGACUGAAGCAGUUUCAAAGGCAUUUGGAGAUAACAAUGAUGAUUCGCAAAAGCCGGGUCAAGAAGUAAUCGCAUCUCAGUAUGUUCCCACUACGGAUGAGCGAGAUACAUUUAAAAAGAUAGAGUUGACCUAUCAUACCUUGAUGUUUGAUGAUGCAAAGUCAAUGUUCUUGCUUUGCUGCAUGUUUCCAGAAGAUUAUGACAUCCCAAUUGAAGAAUUGUUCAGGUAUAGUAUUGGAAAAGGUUUGCUUCAAUAUUCUGAUACAUUGCAAGAAGCUAGAGACAGAGCACAUUUUUUGAUCGCAUACCUUAAAGAUUCGGGGUUGCUUUUGGAUGGGAAAAAGGAAUGCAUAAAGAUGCAUUGUGACAUCCGAAAUGUAGCUAUGUCUAUUGUGUCUGAAGAAGGUGAUGUUUUCUUUGUGAAAGCUGGUUCUGAAUUGAAGGACUGGCCAAUGGAUGUUCAUCAAGGCUACUCAGCAAUCUCACUAAUGAGGAACGAGCUUAAGAAGCUUCCCGAUACUUUGGUAUGUUCCAAACUCCAAAUUUUAUUGCUGCAAAGAAAUCUUGGUAUAUCUGACAUUCCAGAAACUUUUUUUCAAAGUCCAAAUCCAUUAAGGGUCUUUGAUCUGAGCUAUACCGGUAUCGUAGUACUACCCUCUUCAUUUGAUCUCCUCACUAACCUCAAGGCCUUGUUUUUGGAUUCUUGCAAGAAAAUAACUGAUAUAUCUGUACUGGGGAAGCUGAAGAAAGUAGAGAUUCUUAGUUUGAGAAAAUUUCCUCAUAAGGAGUUGCCGAAAGAGAUAGGAAAUAUGACCAGUCUAAGGAUGCUGGACAUCACUGGUGGAUGUGUUCACAAAAUUCCAUCUAAGUUGAUAUCAAGGUUGUAUAGACUGGAAGAAUUGUACAUGAUAUGUGAAUUCGGGAACUGGGGAAGUCAAGUCAAGGAAUCAGUAGAACAAACAAAUGCCAACUUUGAUGAGAUAAUUGGCUUGUCCCGUUUGAGCAUUUUGAAGGUUUACAUAUCUGAUGCAGCUUGCUUACCCAAAGAUAUCGAGUACUUACCGAGCUGGAUAAAAUAUAAGAUAUGCAUCAGCAGGGAUCUCUCUUCAGAUAUGAUGCUUUCUUUGAAUGAUCAGCCUUCAACAACCUUGAUUCUUGACAAAGCAAUCAAUGGCUUACCAGAUUGGUUUAUCAACGUGGUGACAGAGAAGACAGAAAAGCUAGAGUACAGAGACUCUAAGGGAGUAAUCAACAUUCUCGAGGAACAUGAGCGUGGGAGAUUACAUGGGCUCAAGCUUCUCAAUGUAAUUCGGUGCCAUGCGACCUUGGAAGAGUUGAUAAAUGCAACAACUUGGGAUCCAAGUAAACCUGUGUUUGAGAGCUUGGAAGAGUUGCAUCUCCUUCACUUGCAAUGCCUGAAGGAGUUGUGUGUUGGUGAAUUACCUCUUGGGUCUUUAUGCAAUCUUAAGUUAUUGAAAGUGCAAACUUGUCGCAGCUUGGUGAAUGCACUUUUACGACCAAACUUACUGCAGAGACUAACAAAUCUAGAAACAAUAUUUUGUGUAAAUAUGGUACACAUAAAAUAUGUGUUUGGAUCUGAAGGGCUGGAGCUUGGAACAAUUCUCUUGACAAAACUAAGAGAGAUGAGAUUGUGCGCUCUGUUUGAACUUAUAAGCAUCUGGAAUGGUCCGGUUCCACCUGCAGUUUUUGGGAAUCUUAAAGUUUUGGCAGUUUGCCAGUGUACAAAGCUGGAAAGUUUAUUCCCAUUUGAUGUGGCUCGAUCUCUUGUGCAAUUGGAAGACCUCUCUGUAGAGCUCUGCCCUAACUUGAGUAGAGUUAUUGAACCAAGCCGAAAAGCAGGAGCCAGCUUGGAAAUAUUUAUGGUUUUUCUAGGAUUGAAGAAAUUAUUCUUGAGAAUACUUCCAUCGCUGACAUGUUUCUGCACUGAAAAUGUUACUUUUUCUUCUGAGUGCCCAUCAUUGGAAUACUUGUAUGUGGAUGGGUGCCCCCAGUUUUUUAACCCUGCUUCUGCUUCUGUUAAAUUCAAUGAUCAACAACAUUUGAAUUCUUUAGCUAAAAGAUGGGAGGAUAUGCAUAUGCUUUAAGAGAGGCUGAUGCAAGGGAAACGCAAAAGAAAGAGAUGCUCUGCGGUAGAAGUUUAGCUGUGAUAUGGGCUCAAGCUUCAAGUGCAUCACUAAUGGGUGUGGCCGUGUGAGAUUUCUGGUGACAGUAAGUUUCAAGCCAACUGCAUUACUCAAUCGUUUCCAUUUUUGAUAUAAGUUUACUGUUCAGAAAUCAGAAUCUUCAGUUUCUCGUUAUUCACAAGUUAGAACUGGUUGCUGCUUGUAAGUAUAUAAGAACAAACAGAAAUUCGAAGCAAUGGAGGUCAGAAAGAGUUUGGAGAAACAAGACGGGCAUUCAUGCAGUGGAUGAAGUCACUAAGAAUUUAUGGUACUGGAGGAUGAUAAUAUCAAAGUGCUUGGGGUGCGCGGAAGAUGACCAGUUGGCAGGACAGCCAUAGUGAAAAUGUCAGUGUAUAGGUAUAUAGUUAUGUUAUUAUGGUUGUUGUAUUCUAGAACCCUGAUUUGCAAAAAAGGAAAACGAAAUCCAAAGCACAUUGGCAGGUCUGGCUGGGAUUGUAAUGUCCGGGAGACGGAAGAUUGAAGAGAGGCUCAUGACCGAAACUGGGAUCCUUACAAUCUUGGAAGACAUUUGGGAGUCUUAGUCUAGCAUUGAAUUCCCUGGUAAGGGUGAACUUAAUGAUGAAAUCCAAAGUCCUAGUUACCAAGGAUAACGAGUGUGAGGAGUGUCUUCCCUGGUAAAAGUACUGAUCCUUUUCAAUAGUCUGCCAGCGGAAGAUUCUCGGAAUUUAUUCCUAUACAAGUAUUGAUGUUUUUUAUUUUGUAGAGAAUGUACUGAUUGUUUUCAAUAGUCUUGGA